AUAUGCAUCCCUCAGAAUCUAUGUAUGUGAGGUGUCUAACAUAAGUAAAAUAGAUUUAAAAUAUUGUUUUAAACGUAUAAGAUAAGGUUACUCAUAUUAUGACAUCAUUAUUACCUAUUAGUGGUACUUAUCUAAUGCACAAUUUUUUAUUUUUUUUUUAAAUUCUAUAUGGUUCACCCUUUGGGCGAAUCCGGAUUCUGGGAUCAAUUUUAGGUGAUUAGGUUUCAGUCUCCUUCCAAUUAUUGUUGCGGGAGACGAACACAGGUCUCCCCUACCAAGUGCAGUCUCAUGAUUACUGCACCAACCUAAUGUACAAUUUUUUUUUCUUUUUUUUUAAAAAAAAUUCUAUAUGGUUCACUCUUUGGGCUAAUCCGGAUUCUGGAAUCAAUUUUAGGUGAUUAAGUUUCAAUCCCCUUCCAAUUAUUGUUGCGGGAGACGAACACAGGUCUCCCCUACCAAGUGCAGUCUCAAUCAUUACUGCACCAACAACCAAUUGAUAAUAUAGUAAUAUACAUUAUAUUAAAGCAUCUAAUCCAUUAAUUCAGGCGAGUUAACUUUAGGAGCUCCAAAUCAAUUGGCAAUUGUUUUUACCUUAAAAAAAAAUUAGAGUACUUUUAAUUUCUUGAACAAAGAAAUUAAAAGUAAACGGUCAAAAACACAGACCCAUUCACCUCGACGACAACGAUUGCAAUUGCCACGUCUAAUUUUUGAAACAUGAGUUGAUGAGUGCACAAAUGUUUUCUCCCCCCCAAAAAAAAAAAUAAUAAUAAUAAUGAUAAAUAAAUGAGUAGCAAACAAAAACAUUUUUUAAAAAAACCCAAUUUUCCUUGAAAAAAGCGGGGUGGUGGUGGAGGGGUCAGCAGACUCAGGACUCUGCUGCACUCUUAAAGAAAAAAAAUGCCAGAACUUUCUUCCCGUUAAUCUCUUCUCUACUUCGUUUCAGCUUUAACUUAAUCAUCAUUAACUCUUUUAAUCUUUCAUUUUUAUUAAUAAGUUUAACACAAUUUGAAAUCUGGGUUUGUUUUAUACCAUUCCCUUUUUUUUGAUUUUUUGUUGGAGAAAAAUGGUGGGAGAUUUGCGUUCUUUCUACAAGGAUACUUUUGUUCUUCGGCCUUCAAAGAUGUCUUCUCUGAUAGUAAGGAUGAUAAUGCUAGUGAUUGCUACAGUAUGUGGAGUAUAUAUAUGUUCAGUCUGUCUGAAGCAGAUAAACCCCCAAACCAAGUCUAGUAUUGAAGUUAUUGAGAGACUGGGCAUUAGUUGUGAGGCCAACCAUUUAGAUUAUCCAUAUCUGCAUUUCCCACAGCCUGAAACCUUUAGCAGGGCUGAAUGUGCCGGGAAUCCAGUCCGGUUCUUUGUGAUAAUUACAAUGCAGAGAUCAGGGAGUGGAUGGUUUGAGACGUUGUUAAAUAGUCAUAUGAAUGUCACUUCCAAUGGUGAGAUAUUCUCUAAUAAGGAAAGGAGAGACAAUAUCUCCUCUAUUAUUCGGACUCUUGAUAAGGUUUACAAUUUGGAUUGGUUCAAUAGUGCUUCCAAGAAUGAAUGCUCAGCUGCUGUUGGCUUCAAGUGGAUGUUGAAUCAGGGGCUGAUGGAUUAUCCAGAAGAGAUAGUUGAAUAUUUUAACAGAAGAGGUGUGUCUGCUGUAUUUCUCUUCCGAAGAAAUCUACUGCGCCGGUAUAUUUCAGUACUUGCAAAUUCCUUUGACCGCUAUGCUAAGAUAUUAAAUGGAACCCACAAGUCUCAUGUGCAUUCUCCAGAAGAGGCUGAGACUCUUUCAAAAUACAAACCUCUCAUCAAUUCAACAUCACUAUUAUCUGCUCUGAAGGAAGCAGAGUUCACAAUGGCCCAGGCUUUAGCCAACUUCAACAGCACUAGGCAUAUUACUCUAUAUUAUGAAGAUCUUAUCAAGAACCACACUAAACUAGUGGACGUUCAGGACUUUCUUGGGAUACCGCAUAUGAACCUAACAAGCCGGCAAGUGAAGAUACACAAAGGUCAUCUAAGAGAGCAUAUCAAGAAUUGGGAUGAUGUCAAUAAGACCCUCAAUGGGACAGCUUAUGCAAAAUUCCUUCAACUUGACUAUUGAACGGUUGUUAUCAGCUAACAAGUGAUAUGGUGUACAUAAUGUUGAUUUAUAAAGUGAGCCCGGAAGCUGAGACCGAAGGCUUGAAGCUUCCUUGUUGAUUGAACUGUCCAACUUACUGUAACCAGUUAAGUAGACUUUUGAUCGCCUCCUGUUUCUGUUAUUUUGCAGCAGUCCAUUAGAGUGUAGAAUAUGUACAACAGUGUAUAGGCCCCUUGUAUUUUAACUAUGUAGUUAGGAUUAUAGUGUCAUGCAAGUAUUCUGAAAUUUUGAUCACAUAAUUCAUAGGUUUUUACUGUGAAAAUCAGAAUGUAAUUUAGAGUGAAAGGAUCACAAAGCUUGGACGAAUUGUAUAAACUACCAUCGGGUACUUAUGGUUUCAAACCUCCUUAUAUGACCCCAGGAGUCAUUCAAUACAUUCAAUUCAUUUUUAA